AUGGCCUACGACUUCGAGCGGUUGCUGUUACUGAGCCCCGGUGAGCCCUGCGGCGUGCCAGAGUGCGUGGGCCCGGUAGAAGUGGCCCUGGUGCCGGGCAAGCAUCGGGGCCUGGUGACCACGCGCCGCGUAGCGCAGGGCGAGCUGCUGCUGGCGAACCGCGCCCUGGCGAUCUCGGAGACGCCGAAGUUGGCGGAGGCUGCGAGGCGCAGCUUGGAGCACUGCAGCCAGGAAGACUUCGACGCCUUCUUCCUGCUCUGUGAUGGGCGGCGCACCCCGCAGCAGCUGCCGAAGCUGCAGGCCUCGGAGGCCUCAGGGCCUGUGUCCCCGCUGCGGCAGCGGCGGGUGGGCCCAGAUCUGCCGGUGGAGCAAGUGCUGGCGGCCAAUGCCCAUGAGUUGGAUGCCUGGGACAGCGGGCCUUCCGCGCCAAAGAAGUCGGGGUUGUUUCUCAUCGCCUCUCUCAUCAACCACUCCUGCCUCCCUACGUCCUGCCGCAUCUUUAUGGGUGACUUCAUCUUCGUGCGCGCCGCCAAAGCGCUGGAUGCCGGCGAGGAGGUCACCGACGGCUACAUCUCGGUGCUGCAGCCGGCGCCGGAGCGGCGCAGGGCCAUCAAGCACUAUGGAUUUGAGCUCCAUGACGAUCGAAUCUUUGUUGAGGAGGCGCUCUUCGCGGAAAGCAUCGUGCAGCGGCUGCUGGCGCAAAUCGAUGUGGCCGACACUCCUGAGGCUUUGGCGCGCAUUGUCCGGGAAGCGGAGGCGCUUUGGGAGGGGCUGAAGGUGGCUUUGGGCUUAUAUGUGCUGUUUUGCCUGCUGGGUGCCAUGGCCCCGGCUGUGGAUGUAAUGUCGGUGUGCCAGCCUCCGGCAUUGGACGUGCCGUCCGUGUGCCACGUCAAAGCCUGUGAUUUGGCAGCACUGGACAGCGAGAUGUUGACCAACGAGUUUCGGCCGAGGGCUUCGCACCAUGUGUGCAUCCUGCCACGAGGCACCGCCGAAGAAAGCGGCGUGUGCUCACGCGCCGGCUGGUUCAGCUGCAGCGCCGGCGGCACCCGCACCUCUGGCUUCUGCACCGGCGGCUCAGGCACCCAUGGAGGCGGCGGCUCAGGCACCCGCACCUCUCACCUCUGCACCGGUGGCUCAGGCACCCGCACUUCUUACUUCUGCACCGGCGGCUCAGGCACCCGCACCUCUCACUUCUGCACCGGCGGCUCAGGCACCCGCACUUCUUACUGCUGCACCGGCGGCUCAGGCACCCGCACCUCUCACCUCUGCACCGGUGGCUCAGGCACCCGCACUUCUUACUUCUGCACCGGCGGCUCAGGCACCCGCACCUCUCACUUCUGCACCGGUGGCUCAGGCACCCGCACUUCUUACUUCUGCACCGGCGGCUCAGGCACCCGCACCUCUCACUUCUGCACCGGCGGCUCAGGCACCCGCACUUCUUACUUCUGCACCGGCGGCUCAGGCACCCGCACCUCUCACCUCUGCACCGGUGGCUCAGGCACCCGCACUUCUUACUUCUGCACCGGCGGCUCCGGCUCAGCUGUGGAAACUUCGCCCGUGCAGACAAAGGGGUACAAACGCUUCCGUGCAAAGAUGCCAGAGCCAGUGGAGUUUCAGGAGGCCCUGCAGGCGGCUGCUGCCCUGACGGAUGAUCAGCGCCAGCUGAUCUUGGAGCUGGCUACUGAUGUGGAGGGUGGCAACACAGGCCGCGUGGCGUACAGCAAGAAUCCAACGGAGCACUGCAAGGUGUGCGGGGGGCAACGACAUCAAGUGAAGUGGGGCGAGGUGCGGUCAGCUGAGCGCACCCAGGCUAGCAUUCCGCGUGGGAGCUUGUGCUAUUGCUGCGUCAGAGCCGCGAAAGAUUUUGGCUUGAGAUGCCGAUCGUACACGGUGUACCGCAAAGCGGGCGCCUUGUCAGUGUGGCGCGCGCGUUCCCUUCUGGAGCGCAGAAAGCUCAGCAAUUACAGCGGGGACACCUGCAAUUGCGGCACUUGCUUGGGUUGA